GAUCCCCGCGCCCCUCCCCCGCCGCCCCGCGCUCGGCGCCGCCGCUCUAGCGCCGGGGCCGCGCUCAUCCGGCGCGCGCCGCCGCUCCACGCCCCGCGCACGGCGCCGUCGACCCACGCUCCCCUCCUUCCCAUUGGACACCGCCUCGCCGCUGUCUCGUCGCCGCCCAGCGCGCUCCCCCAGCAGGUGGAUCCGGGCCCGUGGCCACCGCAUUGCUGCCGCCCAGGGCGCUCCCCCGCCACGCGUCUGCCAGCAGCCAGCAGUUCUGCCUCGGCCACCGCGGCAAGCCAGCAGCCUGGGCGUGGUGGCCCUUCACCGCGGCUCCAGGGGCGGCGUCAUCCCGGCUCUCCCACACGGUGGCAGCGCGCGUCUCAUGCUGUGCCCUGCCGCCCGCAUCCAGACACCCGUGGGCACAAACCUAGUCUCUUCCGAUUCCGAUUCCUCGAUCUUGGUUUGGUGCUCCCCCAAGAAGAUGGAUCCAGCAACGACAAAGGUUUCCUCACCUCGCAAUGGCGAUGAAACGGAAUUGGAGCAACUAUCGUCUGAUCUACAGGCGCUCAAGAGGCUGUACGGGCUGCUUCGCAAGGGUCCCGCAAAUGAAGAUUUAGAUGAGGCAUCCAGGGCUCUACUGAUGAAGAUGCUAGAUGAUGCUACCCAGCAGACUCUCCUGAAGCAGGCAAAGAGCAUCAAAGGAGAAAUUGAAAGUAUGAAGCGAAGUUUGAAGACAAUGAAUUAUGUACUAAGUGAAAAGCUAAAUGUACAACAAAAAUCUAGUGAGAUUGCUGGAAGUAGUCCUUCCGGGGAGCAAAUGGAUGAUUUUGAACUCAAGCUGAAAGAAGAGGCUAUGCUGAGCAGAGUACUAAAAGAGGCAGUCUUUUUAAAGGAACUUGACAUUGAACAACUGGAAGCGGAUCUAACAUCUUCACUUCGUCUCCAAGAUGUUAUGAUAAAUGAGAUCCAGAGAGUUCAGGGUGAACUUUCUUGCAUCACCCACAAGGCUAAACAGUUAGAGCUUCAGGUAUCCAAGAAGGAUGAAGCAAUGAAUGAGAUACAGCAUGAUUUCCAAGAAUCUGCAAAGGAGCUUGCCGCUCUCCGCGGGACACUAAAAACAGUGACAGAGGAGAGGGACCUGUCGUGGCAGGAAGCAAAGCAGCUGAGAAGAAACAUCAGCAUCAUGCAGAAUGAGGUGGUGUCACUGAAGAAGAAGAUCGAAGCCCUAGACGAAGACAUACUUCUCAAGGAGGGGCAGAUCACAAUACUGCAGGACAGCAUCGAGAAGCCGUUCGACAUCAUCUGCAGCCCCAGGUCGAUGAGGGAGUUUGACAUGGAAUGAAGAGUGCGACGCCAAGAACAUUUUGUUUUUACAGCAUGCAUCAUCCUUUGAGAUAUUAUGUUUAUUUCCUGAAAGACAGAUGCUUGUGAAUAGGUCGUUCAUACGCUUCUACAGUGUGUUCGUGCAGUACACCAUAGUGGCUUGUUUUGCUACUCCCGGUUUACACCAUUUGUAAAGCGUGCAUAACUUGGGAUAUGUUCAAAAGUAGUCCUUGUCCUGUUACCGUCACUUGUCAGUAGCAUUUUAAUAUUACUGUCAGGACUUCAUUAA